AUGGCUGCGAGCCGAAGGGUUCUGGGAGGGCGGGGGAGUCUCAUCAAUCCCUCUCCCUCUCUCGCUGCGCUCCCAGCUUCAGACUUUGCAUGCCCCAGCAGAAGACCCGCUUCCUAUUUGAGUGCGGCCUUCUCUGGCGAAAAUGUGUCGCCUUCGAUGCUCGACAAGAAGCGCCGCAUGCCUGCUCAGCCCUUUGCUUCGCGCACGUCCCACCUUCGCCCUGUGCCUGGAAGGGGUCUGUCCAGGCCUGCGCCUUCGCCUCGCGCUUCGAAGGAUCCGGGAGAGCGGCCGGGAGAGAGAGGCGUGACGGGGAGAGGCGAGGAAGCGCAGCUGGAAGCGACGCGGCGCGAGGCUGCGAGAAGCAGAAAUGACGGGCGAGGAGAGUCACAGAGACCCGAGGGAGAGGGGCGAGGCAGGGAGACGGAGAAUGAGGAGGCGAGUGCGGCAGGAACGCGCAAAUAUCCGCAGAAAGGAAGCAAGAAGAGUGCGCAGCUCGCGCCGCUCCGAGAGAGGCUGGCCGCGUCGAAGGGUUCGGCUGGAAGCAGCUCGGAGACCCGCAGUCGAGGCUCUGUCGCCGCUCCGGCGCCUGCAGCGACCGGCUCGCCGAGGCGCCGCCGCGCAGGCGAGAGGCGAGACUCGGAGGCGGGAAGAGACAGCGUCUCGCCGAGCGAAGGCAGGAGGCGACGAGACAGAGGGGAGGCGAAGAAGACAGACGCGGGCGGAGAGAAACUGAGGGAGGAAGAAAAGAGGAAACGCGAUCGCGCGAGCAAGCGAAGGUCCGGAGGCGCGAGCGGCAGCGAAGAAGACAGGGCAGAGGGAGACGAGAGAGGAAGAAGAGGCCGAGAGAGAGAAAGGCCUGGAGGCCGAGGAAGAAGCAACGACAGCAAAAGCGGAAGUCCGGCAGAACGGGAGGUGGAAAGAAGAGAGAAGGGGUCUCUACGGCAAGCCGACAAACGGCGAGAAAAUGAAGGCGAUCCUGAAGAAGAGGAGCGAGCGGCUCGCCGACGACGCACAGUCAUCCGAGAGGCGACGAAAACAGCCAAAGAAGGCUUCCUUUACACUCGAGAUUCGCUAGUUUCCAAAGUGGCGGAGAGCGGCUACGAGGUUUCGCGGGGAACCACAUGCACUCCCUUGACGGUCGAGAAGGAGUUCAUGGGGGGGAUCAUUUGCCUCAGUGCGGGGGCCUCGUUCGGCCCGGUCAACACUCAGGAAGGAUUGACGCGCCUGUUCGUCUUGGCGUGUGAAGACGGAAACCUCCAAUUUGAAUCGGGGCUGAAAGGGUCCUGCGCGCGAGUCUCGCAGUACGCAGAGCUUCUCGUCGCGCCGUUCAGCGCCUAUGCGCUCACGAAUCGCAGUAAAACCAAGCCGGCUCGGCUCCUGCUGAUGUCCAACGGCGUUGAAGAGUCACAUUUCCAGCCUUCGCAGUUUCUGACAGAAGUUAUUCCAGAGCGACUGCCAGUUGAAUUUUGGCGCGAAGAACAUCUUCGCGAUGACCUCAGAAAAUAA